GAACCACACCAAGAACCACACCACAAUCUUGUCCCUUCCGGAUAGCACUGUUAGCAGCCCCAACGCCCCCCUGGGGCGGCUACUCUUUGCUUGAAUAUCUGGGUGGAUAGGUGGUGCAGGUUGGAGCCAGGGUUCUUGUUGUCCACUCUCCUAUCCAGGUGGUUGCCAGCCCGCGCUUGCUUUGUUGUUCCUCAGUCAGUCAGCAUGCAGGCGGCAAUUGGGCAGAAGCCCAAAAUUGACCUGAACGCCCGCCCCCCGGCCAACUAUGUGGCGGGGCUGGGGAGAGGUGCCGCAGGGUUCACCACCCGUUCAGAUAUUGGGCCAGCGAGAGCGACGGUUGACAUGCCCGAUGCAUCACAACUCGCAGCCAAGGGGGCGGGCAGGGCCGCAGAGGGGGUGGGCAGGGCCGCAGAGGGGGCAGAGGAGAAGUACGAUGAGAACCAGAAGUUUGACGAGUUUGAGGGAAAUGAUAACGGGCUGUUUGCGGGGGGCGACUAUGACGAGGAUGACAAGGAGGCAGAUGAGAUUUGGGAGAGUAUAGACGAGAAGAUGGACGAGAGGCGGCGAGAGCGGCGAGAGGCACGCCUGAAGGAGGAGAUUGAGAAGUAUCGUGCAGACAAUCCCAAGAUCACCGAGCAGUUUGCGGACCUGAAGCGGAAGCUGGGCACGCUGAGCGCGUCGGACUGGGAGGCCAUCCCGGAGAUUGGGGAUUACAGCAUGCGCAACAAGAAGAAGCGCUUUGAGAGUUUUGUCCCGGUCCCAGACACACUGCUGGAGCGUGCACGGCAGGAGAACGAGCGGGUGACAGCGAUUGAUCCUCUGGGGGGGCUGGAAACGCCCAUGGGCAGCACCCCCGUGACGGACUUGAUGGCGGUUGGGGAGGGGCGCUCCAGCGUGCUCAAGAUCAAGAUGGACAAGCUGUCAGACAGCGUGUCGGGGCAGUCGACGGUGGACCCCAAGGGCUAUCUCACGGACCUCAAGAGCAUGAAGAUCACGAGCGACGCUGAGAUUGGCGACAUCAAGAAGGCGCGGCUGCUGCUCAAGUCGGUCAUCCAGACCAACCCGAAGCACGCGCCAGGGUGGAUUGCGGCGGCGCGGCUGGAGGAGGUGGCGGGGAAGAUUGGGGCGGCGCGCACGCUGAUCCAGAGAGGAUUCGAGGAGUGUCCCAAGAACGAGGACGUCUGGCUGGAGGGCAGCCGGCUGCAGACGCCCGAGAAUGCGAAGCUGGUGCUGGCCAAGGGCGUGGCCGCAAUCCCGAACUCGGUUAAGCUGUGGAUGCAGGCGGCGCGGCUGGAGCAGGACGACGCGGCAAAGAGCCGAGUGCUGCGGAAAGCGCUGGAGCACAUCCCAAACUCGGUGCGGCUGUGGAAGGCGAUUGUGGAGCUGGCGAGCGAGGAUGACGCGCGGAUCCUUCUGUCCCGCGCAGUCGAGUGCUGUCCGGCGCAUGUGGAGUUGUGGCUGGCGCUCGCGCGGCUGGAGAGUUACGAGAAAGCGAAGCAAGUGCUCAACCUGGCGCGGAAGACACUCCCAACAGAGGCGAUCAUUUGGAUCACGGCGGCGAAGCUGGAAGAGGCGAACAACAACCCCGCGAUGGCCAAGAAGAUCAUCCAGAAGGCGGUGCAGAGUUUGCCGAGCCACGGGGUGGUGAUUGACCGCGAGGCCUGGAUGAAGGAGGCGGAGGCGGCGGAGCGGGCGCAGAGUGUGGCAACAUGUCAUGCCAUCGUAGAAGUUACGGCGGAAGUGGGGGUGGAGGAAGAGGACCGCAAGAGAACUUGGAUGGCGGACGCGGAGGAUCUGAAGAAGCGGGGCAGCGUGGAGACGGCGCGCGCAGUUUACCAGCACGCACUGGGCGUUUUCCCCGGGAAGAAGUCGGUUUGGCUGCGCGCGGCGCAGCUGGAGAAGAGUGCGGGCACGCGGGAGAGUCUGAACGCGCUGCUGGAGAGAGCGGUGAAGUACUGCCCACAGGCGGAGGUGCUGUGGCUGAUGCUGGCCAAGGAGCAAUGGCUGGCGGGGGACGUCGACGCAGCGCGCAAGGUGCUGGAGCAGGCGUUUGUGGCCAUCCCUGGGUCCGAGGAGAUCUGGCUUGCGGCGUUCAAGCUCGAGUUCGAGAACAAGGAGCCUGAGCGUGCGCGAUUCCUGCUGGCGAAGGCGCGGGAGAGCCGCGCGACCGAGCGGGUGUGGAUGAAGUCGGCAAUCGUGGAGCGGGAACUGGGGAACGCGGAGGAGGAGCGGCGGCUGCUGGAGGCCGGAAUCAAAGCCUAUCCUGGCUUCCAUAAGCUAUGGAUCAUGUUGGGGCAGCUGGAGGAGCGGCAGGGGCGGGUGGCGGCCGCACGGGAUGCGUACACAAAAGGCGUGCGGCAGUGCCCGCACAGCGUGGUGCUCUGGCAGUGCGCGGCAAUGCUGGAGGAGAAGGAGAAGAAUCUGGGGAAGGCACGCGCGGUGCUGGAGCAGGCGCGGCACAAGAACCCGCAGACGCCGGAGUUGUGGCUGUCGGCAGUGCGGAUCGAGGCACGAGCGGGGAACAGGAAAGCGGCGGAGAGCCUGAUGGCGAAGGCACUGCAGGACUGUCCGGAGAGCGGGGUGCUGUGGGCGGAGGCCAUUGCAAUGUCGCCGCGGCCGGAGCGCAAGCGCAAGAGCGUGGACGCGCUCAAGAAGUGCGACCACGAUCCGUUUGUGAUUGCGGCGGUGGCGAAUGAGUUCUGGCGGGACCGUAAGGUGGAGAAGGCGCGCACCUGGUUCAACCGCGCGGUCACGCUCAAGCCAGACAUAGGCGACUUCUGGGCGCAGUUUUACAGGUUCGAGUCGCAGCACGGGAGUAAGGAGCAGCAGGAGGAGGUGGUGUCUCGGGCGGUCGCCGCGGAGCCGCACCACGGGGAGCGGUGGCAGAAGGUGGCCAAGGCCGUCGAGAACGCGCACGAGCCCGUGGAAGCGCUCCUCAAGAAAGUCGCAAGGUCGUUUGCAACGGCAGAGGCGGCGGCAGCAGCGGAAGGAACUUAGUUGAGGAGGGGCAGAAGGGCUAAGGGCUGUGUAAGCACGGCAAUGAGUGGCUUCGAGGGGAGGUGCACGAAUCAAGGGCUGUAGAUUGAACGCAGACAAAGUAAGUGGUGCCAAAUGUACAGUAUUUUAAAGGAAGUUGAGCUGGAAGCCUCCACUUGGAUCACUCGUCGGCCAUUUUAAAUUUUGCCUGUCAGUUGCAAAGUCAGUCUGCGAAUGAAUUCAUGCAGGCUUCUUAACAAUUUGGUAACGGCCGACCGUCGAUUGCGAAUCCAUCGAGUGCCUGGGGG